UGGUAAAAGCCGACGUAACCGCCAAAACAGAAAAACCCAAGCGCACGCUUUUCUUCUUCUUUGCUCCCGCUCGCGCGCGCUCACCGCCUCCUUCCAGGACGCCAUUGUCGACUGCAACUCCAUUCUCUCAAGAUGCAUGAGCCGCUGGAAGAACUGCUCCCCAAGGGAAGCGCGCCUAGUCCGGCCGCUGCACGGAACUCUGGCGCCGGCGCCGACGGGAAAUCGCCGCCGGAAUCCGUACCGGUCGUCGAUGUCGGAGCCGUCUCGGUCGGUCGAGGUCGGGCUCCGUCGGUCUCCCUUGAAAAUGUGGAUUCUCUUCCUCCACUCCCCGAUCCGGCUGCGACCGUCGCAGCGCCGUCGGCCUCUUCGGAACGUCAAGAUACUGAAGCCGCUCUGAAAUCUUCGACGUCCGAGUUUGGAGAGAUCGAGAUGCACGAGCAGAAUAGGGAUUCUUCGGAUUCUGUGAGAGACGGAGAUGCGGAGGCGGCGGUGGAGAAACCAUCGGGGUGGGUUGAAGAGGAAGAAGCGUCGCCGGAGAAACCGAGCAGGAAGGCCAGUUUCUGCCACGACAUUUCAGACAACGUGAAGGCCACGAUCAGGCCGUGCCCCAGCCUGAGCGCCAAUCUCAACAAUUACGAUUCAGCGGAGGAUGCCUCGGCACCCGCCAACGGCAGCCCGGUGAUGGAGGAAGCGUGGGAGAGGCUCAACAAGUCGUACGUCUUCUACAAGGGGAAGCCCGUGGGAACUCUCGCCGCCAUGGACCCAAACGCCGAUGCGUUGAAUUAUAACCAGGUCUUUGUUAGAGAUUUUGUACCCAGUGGAUUGGCUUGCCUGAUGAAAAGAGAUAUGGAACCAGAAAUUGUGAAGAACUUCCUGUUAAAGACCCUUCAUCUCCAAGGGUGGGAAAAGAGAAUUGAUAACUUCACUCUUGGAGAAGGAGUUAUGCCUGCAAGCUUCAAAGUCGGUUUCGACUUGCAAGACAGAAAGGAGAGGCUAGUAGCGGAUUUUGGUGGUAGUGCGAUAGGAAGAGUUGCACCUGUGGAUUCAGGGUUCUGGUGGAUCAUACUGCUGAGGUCAUAUACAAAGUGCACGCAUGAUUAUUCCCUUGCGGACCUGCCAGUUGUGCAGAAAGGAAUGAAGCUGAUACUUAACCUUUGCCUAUCUGAUGGAUUCGACACUUUACCAACGCUUCUUUGCGCAGAUGGCUGUAGCAUGAUUGACAGAAGAAUGGGUGUCUAUGGUUAUCCAAUUGAAAUCCAGGCUCUUUUCUAUUUUGCACUGAGGUGUGCACAGCAGUUGCUGAAACCAGAGCGUGACGGCAAGGAACUCAUUGAGCGGAUUGACAAACGGAUAAUGGCUCUUAGUUUUCACUUCAGGAAAUACUACUGGAUGGAUCAUACACAGUUGAAUAUCAUCUACCGUUACAAAACAGAGGAGUAUUCCGAUACUGCCGUCAAUAAGUUCAACGUGAUACCGGAAUCAAUUCCUGACUGGGUGUUUGAUUUUAUGCCACUUCGAGGAGGAUAUUUCAUCGGAAAUGUUAGCCCAGCUCGUAUGGACUUCAGAUGGUUCUUAGUUGGGAACUGCAUUGCCAUUUUGAGUUCUCUGGCUACACCAGCCCAAGCAACAGCAAUCAUGGAACUAAUUGAGGACCGGUGGGAGGACUUGAUAGGGGAGAUGCCUUUGAAGAUCACUUACCCUGCACUCGAGGGACAUGAAUGGAGGAUAGUUACUGGAUGUGAUCCAAAGAACACAAGAUGGAGCUACCAUAAUGGCGGAUCUUGGCCCGUGCUACUAUGGCUGCUGACUGCGGCUUGUAUCAAGACUGGUAGGCCUCAGACUGCAAAGCGAGCGAUUGAGUUGGUCGAGAAGCGCCUUGCAAAAGAUGGUUGGCCCGAAUAUUACGACGGAAGGUCAGGGCGUUAUAUUGGGAAGCAAGCUAGGAAGUACCAGACAUGGAGCAUUUCCGGCUACCUGAUUGCAAAGCUGAUGAUUGAGAAUCCAGCCAACAUAUCCAUCAUUUCUUUUGAAGAAGACAAGAAGAUAUCCAAGCCAAGGCUCACUCGCUCCACCUCAUUCUAAACCGAUACGCUUGUUAUUUUUUCCCCUUUUCAGAGUCAAGGGAUGUACAUGCUCCAUACACAAAUUAGGAAAAUUUGUCCAAUAUAUCCUUGCGUCGGGCUAAAGCCAUCAAAGGCUUUAACCCUGUAAGGAAAAUGAUACUACACAGGUACAUAUAGAACACUAGAGAAUGUGAAUUUUCUCGAAGGUUUUUUCAUUCGCAAUACUUCGAAGUUUACUACAACAUGAAAACUCGUAGUUUGACAGUCUUGGAUUGUGAUGACACGUUAACUAUACAGAACGCCCCUUUUCUGCAAAUGAUAAGAAAUUGAUGUCCUUGAUUUUGAAAUUUGAGGACCCAAUUCGUUAUUACAAGAUGGCAUAACUUAAUUCCA